UCAAUGCUAAUAUUUAUAUAUAUAUAUAUGCAGUUGCCCACUCUCUCAACUUCUCGUAAUCAAAUGGCGCACACUUCUCCAUUAUUAGCACCAACAGGAUCCAAAAUUGUAAUGGUAACUGCUACAACUGAAGUUCCUACUUUAACUGAAGUUGUUCUUAAUGGUAUAACUGUAACAGUUACUACUGUUGUUCCUACAACGACUCUUGUACCUUCUUUGAUAGCAGAUAAAUCAAACUUUGAAACCAUAUCAAGACAUACAUCAGGUGGAACGAUUGCUGGUGCAGUAGUAGGUGCAACAGCAGGCUUUGCCAUCUUAGUCGGUGGUAUUUUCUUUGCUCGCAAACGAUAUAAAAAAGGCAUCCUUCUUAAACAACGACAAAGUGAAUUAGAUAACGAGGAUUUCUAUGCAGAUCCAUAUCAACAAGGUAUGGAAUGGAAUAAUCAGUUUGCUGCUGCUACUGGAUCUGGAUAUCAUCCCUCUUCUGACCCACACAUCAUGAAUCCUGCUGGUUCAGGAUAUGGCACAUAUGCUGCUGCACAGCAACCUGGUGUCUAUUUAGCACCACAACAGCAAAUGGAUGAAUAUGAUGAAUAUGGACAUCCUAGAAGAGAAUCCUUCUGGAGUUCACUUUCUGAUAGAUUCAGAUCAAUUCAUCGUUAA